GAAUGACGUGACGUUUAACACUUCAUCAACAAACCAUGUUCUUUAGCAUUGUUUAUGUUUGCUGCCACGCCCAAGGGCUUGAAAACCACACAGCAAAUUUCCCGGUUGGAGAAGCAGAGCAUGCUCAAGUUCCAUUUCCACCAAAUUCUUCGCCUUUUUGUCUGUAGCGGGUUACAGUGUUGAUCAAAAAUGCAAACGCUUUUUGUUUGUGGAGAUAAGCUAUGGCGUUUCCACGCCGAUUCAUUCUUCGGCUCUCGCCUGUCGCUUCCGACUACUCAUUUGCCGUUUUGGCCGCCCAGAAGAAGUUCAGUAGUGUCCAUGGUGGUUAAGCGCAGCCCCAAGCGUCUCAAAUACACCACCGGUUCUCGCUUCACCAAGGAAGAUGGAUUGGUGUACAUUGAAGCAGACCCAUCUGCCUCUGAUUCUUGGAAAUUGGAACCGAUUGUCAAUCUCUUGAAACAAGGUGCGGUCGGAGUCAUCCCCACUGAUACCCUGUAUGCAAUAGUAUGUGACCUCAGAAGCCACUCUGCCAUUGAACGUCUUCGUAGAAUCAAGAAUAUAGAAGCUUCAAAGCCUCUUAGCAUCUUGUGUCAUUCAUUUCGGGACAUAGACAAGUACACAACUGGAUUUCCACGUGGUGAUGGUCAAGGCCAUGCAAAUUUAUUCAAAGCUGUUAAGCAUCACUUACCUGGUCCUUACACAUUCAUCCUAAUUGCAAGCAAAGAAUUACCUAAGCAAUGCAUAAGGUUUGGGACUUCUUCUGCCAAAUAUGCAUCAAGAAAAAAUGUGGGUGUACAUAUGCCUGAUGAUGCCAUUUGUCAAGCAAUACUGAAGGAGAUGGAUGCACCAUUAAUAUGUACAAGCAUCAAGUUCCAGAAGGAAGAUGAAUGGAUGAUUGACCCAGUUAUAAUAGCUGAUACAUAUGGACCAGAGGGUCUUGAUUUUGUUGUUGAUGGUGGUGUAAGAGUGGCCGACCCAUCCACGGUUGUUGACAUGACAAAAAUGCCUCCCAAAGUACUACGACAGGGAAAGGGUCCUAUUUUACAUUGGAUGGAAUUUGAAGAUGAUCAGAAAACUGAGAUCGAUAAGGAUCUCAUCCCUGCCGGCAUUUGAAAGAAAUCAUCCUCUCCAUUGAAGAUUUAGCAUUCUGAAACCAGUUCAAUACUCUUUACUGACUUUGGUUCGAUCUCUCGUAGAAUUGGACUCAUUUUUCUUUUUGUCGGGGCUAAGGGCAAAAAAGGAAAAGAGGAAAAUGUACAAACACAGUAACAAUCAUGAGAAUGUAAAGUAGAUAAUUUCAUGUAAAUAAAAGUUCAUAUUCGCCAA